AUGCAGGGUGCUGAGAACGCCGUGAGUGGCUCGCUGAUAAAGCGGGCAGCAAACGGUCAGCACAUGGGCCGUGUCACCCUGCUCUGGGUGCCUCUCUGCGGGGCGCAGCACAGGCCGUGCUGUGCCAGCCUGCGCAGCUGCCCGGUGCGGUUUGUAACCAGACAGCCCCCAGUGAAAAUUGUCAUCCGAGGGGACAGGAACACUGGGAAAACCACACUCUGGCACCGACUGCAGGGAAAGAAAUUCAUUGAGGAAUAUAUUCCAACUCAGGAGAUCCAAGUCACCAGCAUCCACUGGAAUUACAAAACCACUGACGAUAUUGUUAAAGUUGAAGUCUGGGAUGUAGUUGACAAAGGAAAAUGCAAAAAACGAGGAGAUGGUUUGAAACUGGAAAAUGACCCUCAGGAGGCAGAGUCAGAAAUGGCUCUGGAUGCAGAGUUCCUGGAUGUCUAUAAAAACUGCAAUGGCGUCGUGAUGAUGUUUGACAUCACCAAACAGUGGACGUUUAACUACAUUCUGAGGGAGCUUCCUAAAGUGCCGACCCACGUUCCAGUGUGCGUGCUUGGGAAUUACCGAGACAUGGGGGAGCACCGGGUCAUCCUGCCUGGCGAUGUGCGGGACCUCAUCGACAAUCUGAACAGGCCUCCCGGCUCCUCGUAUUUUCGCUACGCUGAGUCUUCCAUGAAGAACAGCUUUGGCCUCAAGUACCUGCACAAGUUCUUCAACAUCCCCUUCUUGCAGCUGCAGAGGGAGACGUUGCUACGGCAGCUGGAGACGAAUCAGCUGGAUAUUGAUGCAACUUUGGAGGAGCUGUCAGUGCAGCAAGAGACAGAAGAUCAAAACUACGAACUCUUCCUUGAAAUGAUGGAAGCCCGGAGUCGAGGACACACAUCACCACUGACAACUAACGGGCAAAGCCCGUCCUCUGGCUCCCAGUCACCCAUAGUACCUCCAAGCUCCACAUCGACGGGCAGCUCCAGCCCUGGCACCCCACAGCCGCCGCAGCCGCUUUCCCCAAGCUCCACCGUCUCUCCUGAGCCACCCCCGUCUUUUUCACCAGUGCCUGCACCCGAAGCCCAGCAGCCGCAUGCACCUCCACCAGCCGCAGCCUCCCCAGCCCCUCCGGCUGCAGCCCCGCCGCCGAAGCGCAGCAUUAUUUCACGCCUGUUUGGGACGUCCCCUGCAUCAGACCCCUCUCCUCCCCAGCCAGAUCCUGCUGCUGCCACUCCUCCUCCCCUCCCUGAAGCCACUGCAAAAGUACAGAGCGUGGAGGACUUUGUUCCUGAUGACAGCCUGGACCACAGCUUUCUAGAAGACCCAGCCCCGCGGAAGGACAAAGGGAAACCACAAACUAAACACCGCCUCGAUAGUGAAAGUGAUGGAGAGGCACCCGGGGGGAACCCCAUGGUGGCAGGUUUCCAAGAUGACCUGGACCUGGAUGACAAAAUCCCCAGCAGACCCAUGCUGACAGCAGAACGGGUGCCCAGCAAGAACAUCACCCUCUCCAGCGAGGAGGAGGAAGAGGAGGAGGUGAAGGACUCCAAGGUUGUACUCAUACCUGAUGAAGACGUCAGCUCAGAGCAGGAAAAAAAAAGGUCUUCCAGAAAUUCUCUGAAACCACAGAGUGAAGCAAUUUUGACCAAAGCAACUGACCCGAAGCCUCCUGACAGUUUACCUCCACGUUCUGGGUCUGAAAGAAACAGCAGCAGCAAGCUCAACAGUAGCCUGCCAGCUGCUGCUGCGCCCACCCCAGCAGUGGUCCAGACCCCAAAGACUACUUCCCACAGCAAAGGACACGCUCUCAAGCAGAAAGUGGUCAAAGAGGAAAAGCCUGAGGAGUCUGACAGUGAUCAAGAGGGACCAAUAGCUACUCAGAUGCUCUCAUUUGUUAUGGAUGACCCAGACUUCGAAAGUGAGGAUUCUGACAGCCAGAAGAAGAAAAUGGAUGAAUUCCCAGUCCGGGAAGAUCUCUCCGAAAUAUCUGAUGACGAUACCUCGUUGGCAAAGCCACCCCAGCCUGUGAAAUCAACAGUCCACUCCUUUAAACUGAAAAAUGACUCGGAUCUCUUCGGUUUGGGUUUGGAAGAAACUGGUCCCAAGGAGAGCAGUGAGGAAGUGCCCUGUAUAAACAACCUUCUAAGGAGAAAAAGAAGAAGAAAAAAGAAGAAGAAAAAAAAAAGCAAAGAAGAAGAGGAGAAGUCUGUGAAAAAGAAGAGCAAACACAAGAAGAGCAAAGAGAAGGAGGAGAGCAAAGAGGAGAAAAAGAAAAAGAAGAAGAAGAGCAAGGAGAAAAACAACGAAAUAGAUGAACUGGAGGCUUUUCUUGGAGGAGGAGCCAGCGUGAGCAAGCCGCGAGGAGGUGGGGACUAUGAGGAGCUGUAG